AUGGACGGGGUAGAUAUCACCAAGGCUGUGAUCAACAAGGGGAAACAGAUGGCCAGCGUUGCUGCAAAUGCUGCAAAUGUCAAUGGCGGUAAGAAGAGGAGAAAAGGGACCGAUCUGAAGCCGAUCGUCACCAACGACGCCGCCUCUUCUGCCAUCGAUCAAUCUGCCAUCAAUAGUGAGGGGGUCCCCGUCAAGGCCGCAUAUGAUGUCCCGCCAUCGCGCUCAGGUUCUUCAUCGUCCGGAGAAGAAGUCGAAACUACCGCCGAGGAGGAAGAUUCGGAGGACUACUGCAAGGGCGGUUAUCAUCCAGUCCAGGUGGGCGAAACAUACAACAACGGUCGCUACGUUGUCGUGCGCAAAUUGGGCUGGGGUCAUUUCUCCACCGUCUGGUUGUCCCGCGAUACUACCACGGGGAAACACGUCGCGUUGAAGGUCGUCCGCUCCGCCGCCCACUACACCGAAACCGCAAUCGAUGAAAUCAAACUGCUCAACAAGAUCGUUCAAGCGAAACCUUCGCAUCCCGGUCGGAAACAUGUCGUCAGCCUCCUCGAUUCGUUUGAACACAAGGGCCCGAACGGUGUACAUGUGUGCAUGGUAUUUGAGGUAUUGGGCGAGAAUCUGUUGGGGUUGAUCAAGCGCUGGAACCAUCGGGGUAUUCCAAUGCCUCUGGUGAAGCAGAUCACCAAACAGGUGCUGUUGGGCUUGGAUUAUCUUCACCGGGAAUGCGGCAUCAUCCACACCGACUUGAAACCGGAGAACGUUCUGAUUGAAAUUGGCGAUGUGGAGCAGAUCGUGCAGGCCUAUGUCAAAGAGGAGGCCAAGAAGGAGAACAAAGAGGAUAACCGCAACGGUCGACGCCGGAGAAGGACUCUGAUCACUGGGAGCCAGCCUCUGCCCAGUCCGCUGAACACCAGCUUCGGCCACCAUGAUUUCAAGCACAGCUCCCAACAUUCUCACAGCAGUCUCAGCCAGGUGAUCAACGAAUCGUCAAACACAUCUGCCCAGGAGAACACAUCGAUGAAGGAGUUAUUAGGGAUUAAGGAGGACGAGAAGCAGAAAGAGAGAGAGAAGACUGCUGACUUGUUGGAACGGGAGGUUUCUGGAAUCUCGCUGGACAAGUCGUCCUCAAAAGAAGAAGGUGAAGACCCGCUUUGCGAUAUCAUCUCAGUGAAGAUCGCGGACCUUGGAAAUGCAUGCUGGGUGGGACACCAUUUCACCAACGAUAUUCAAACGCGACAAUAUCGGUCUCCAGAGGUCAUCUUGGGGUCCAAAUGGGGUGCCAGUACAGAUAUCUGGAGCAUGGCUUGUAUGGUCUUUGAACUUAUUACAGGCGAUUACCUCUUUGAUCCGCAGUCAGGGACAAAGUACGGCAAAGAUGACGACCAUAUUGCACAGAUCAUCGAGCUGCUUGGCCCGUUUCCCAAAUCAAUCUGUCUCGCUGGAAAGUGGUCACAGGAGAUCUUCAACCGCAAAGGCGAGCUGCGCAAUAUCCAUCGGCUACGCCAUUGGGCGUUGCCCGAUGUCCUGCGGGAGAAAUACCAUUUCACAGUGGAAGAGAGUAUGCGCAUCAGCGAAUUUCUGUUACCGAUGCUGGAGUUGCCACCUGAAAAACGCGCCAAUGCCGGUGGUAUGGCGUCUCACGAGUGGCUGAGUGACACACCUGGUAUGAAAGGGGUGGGUCUGGGUAUAUCGCCUGGAACCAAAGGCGAGGGAAUUGAUGGAUGGGCUUCUGAGAUCAAGAAGCGAUGA